CGCGGCGUGGCUGGGCCGCCUCGGCCCUCCUUCUUGGGGGCCCCGCCCGAUCUGACGUGGCAACGGCGCUCGAAAGAAAGCGGCGGCAGAAGGGAGGACGGGCUCGUUGCGCGCCCUUCCCGGCCGGGCUGGAGUCGCUGCGAUGGGGCUGCUGCGCUUGGGGCUCCUGAUUCCGCCGCCGCCGCUGCCGCUGCUGCUCUUGCUCCUCCUGUCGGGGCCGGUGCGGGGCGUUGAAAUCGAUCGGAGCCGCCUAGAGGGACUGGCGCGGGGCAAAGUGGAGUCUUGCGGAGGAUGACGAUUGAAUCGCUUGAAAGAGAGAAUUCCAUUGAGUGACAUGACCCGGGAAGAGAUCAACCAGCUUGUGCAGGACUUGGGGUUCUACCGGAAGGAGUCGCCUGACUCGCCAGUACCUGAAGAGUUCCAUCUGGCCCCUGCUCGGCCCCUGCCCACCUCAGAGGAGGCUAAGAAGGACCCUGUGGCAAAGAGAAAGGGUGGCGCCGAAGACCUCUAGACCUGCUGCUUAUGAAAACCUCAGGGGCAGAUGUUGGUGUUUGGAAGAAUGCUGGCACUCCAGAAUUGCACAUGUGUAAGUGAACCAGUGUGCAUGCACCAGGAAGCUGUUGUGGUAUGCGCAGGGCUGUGUAUCCACUGACUCCGUGGGAGCACAGAAGAGCCGAAGCCAGUGAGAUUGGCUGCAAGAUUCAAGCAUCUCACCCUUUUUGGUUACAAAGUAUGUUGUUGUUACUGGCUGAACUCUCUGAAGCUUCCUCAAUGAGUUUCCCAACAUUUAGAGCAGGGGCCUUCGCGCUUAGCUCUUUCCUGCAAGCAGUAAGAAUGGGCAGAUGGUUGUGUGCACAAUGAGUGCGUGCACACUUGCAUAAUUCAUACCAGUCACACAAUCUGCCUUUUUUUGUUGUUGCAGACUGUGGCUCUUUGGCUUGUGGGCACAGAGUACACACAGCCCUGGCUUCCUGCCUGUUGUCUAGUCUAGGGAAGGUGCAACAGAGCUGUCUGGAAAAGCAGUGCCUCUGUUCUAGCAUUGGGUGUGUGUGUUUUUUUUAAGUUAUCCCACUCUGCCCCUGGAGAUAAGCCAGACCGUUGCCAGCAAAGUCAUAUCGACCACUUUUCUUUCCUGGCAAACGAUGCUGAGCCCGGCCGUCUACCAACCUUUGCAAGGCGAAAGUUGUCACUCUGGCUUCCGUCUGUUGUAAUUGCGAUGUGAGGACCACCUUUCCUUCCUGGUGCUGAGAAUGAGCUGCUGUGUUUGGGGUGGGUGGGGUGUAUUUUUUAAAUUUCCUGCGGCAAUGCCUCAGCUGUAUGGGACAGGAUGAAGCCCUCUGCUGAAAGUUCUUGGUGCCGAGGGUGGAUAGCAGUGUCCCGUCAAGCUGUGGGGCAUGGCAUGCUGGGAAAUGUGCAGCGCCACACCCUUCCAAAAAUCUCAUCAGGUGUGCCUAAAAACAGUAAAGCCUCC